AUGUCGACUGUGACAAGUGCUCCCACACCAGAGGAACCUAAUCCUCCUCCCCCUGAAGAAAAGCCAAAGGGAAAAUCACUAUUUCAUUUGGGUUCGCUCUUCGCUAACAGGAGUGAAAAAUUUGUAAUUGCUAGGAGUGAUAGCGUACCAGAGGAGAACGUUCUGAAAAUAACUAUCACUGAGACCACGGUUAUUGAGUCGGACUUGGGCAUCUGGAAUUCUCAUGCUCUCAUCUACCUCACUUUGUGGUUUUUCUUCAGCUUUUGCACUCUUUUUCUUAACAAAUACAUUCUUUCGUUACUGGAAGGAGAACCCAGCAUGCUAGGUGCUGUUCAAAUGCUUUCAACCACCUUCAUUGGCUGUAUAAAAAUGUUUGUCCCAUGCUGCUUGUAUCAACACAAAACGCGCAUCUCUUAUCCACCCAAUUUCAUCAUGAUAAUGCUGUUUGUUGGAUUAAUGAGGUUUGCAACAGUAGUCUUGGGUCUUGUCAGCUUGAAAAACGUGGCAGUUUCAUUUGCAGAAACUGUUAAGAGCUCUGCACCUAUUUUUACUGUUAUCAUGUCUCGGAUGAUAUUAGGGGAAUACACGGGCUUGCUGGUUAAUCUCUCCCUCAUUCCUGUUAUGGGCGGGCUGGCUCUGUGUACAGCCACUGAAAUCAGCUUCAACAUCCUUGGGUUUUCGGCAGCUUUAUCUACUAAUAUCAUGGACUGUUUGCAAAAUGUCUUUUCCAAAAAACUACUCAGUGGAGAUAAAUACAGGUUUUCAGCCCCAGAGCUUCAGUUCUACACAAGUGCUGCUGCAGUGGUUAUGCUUAUUCCAGCAUGGAUAUUUUUCAUGGAUGUGCCUGUGAUUGGGAAAAGUGGGAGGAGCUUCAGCUACAACCAAGAUGUUGUCGUACUUCUCUUAAUAGAUGGAGUCUUGUUCCACUUACAGAGCGUUACAGCCUAUGCCCUGAUGGGAAAGAUUUCUCCUGUGACUUUCAGUGUUGCUAGUACUGUGAAGCAUGCGCUGUCAAUCUGGCUAAGUAUUAUUGUGUUUGGUAACAAAAUCACAAGCCUCUCGGCCAUUGGGACUGUUCUGGUGACAAUUGGAGUUCUGCUGUAUAACAAGGCAAAGCAGCAUCAGCAAGAGGCGAUACACAGCCUGGCAGCUACAGCCCCACCGUCCGCACAAAGUACGACCGAAGAUACCGAGCCGCUCAUUUCCAAGGAUUUGGAACCAUACGAUUAA